UUUGAGAAAAUCUGUUAACAAAAAAAUAAAUAAAAAUGGGUGAUGAUGGCGGGAAUCCGGAAAAGGAAGCCGAUAAGAAAAUAGUGCAUGUUUAUCCCCUAGUCAAGCAUUCAGACAUGAAUGAAGAAAUGCGUACCGAGGCCAUUGAGCUAAGCAUAACAGCCUGUGAAAAAUAUUCUUCAAACUAUGAGCAAGCUGCACGCAUUAUCAAAGAAGCAAUGGAUAAAAAAUUUGGCAUUUAUUGGCAUGUUGUUGUGGGCGAAGGUUUCGGUUUUGAAAUUACCUAUGAAACGAAAAAUAUAUUGUAUUUAUUUUUUGCCGGAAAUUUAGCAAUACUAUUGUGGAAGUGCUCUUAG